UUAACAAACAUCUAAAACAUCUACUGUAAAACAUCCAGCGAAAACCCAUUCCUACCCUGUUCUUUUGAACCAGCUAGCUUGACCCGAUAACGCCCUUCACAGAGCCGAAAAACCAACAUCACUGAUAACCCUGCUAACGAUCACUUCCAUCAACCAAAAAAUGGCGUCCCUUCACCACCACCACCUUCUACUCUCUCUUCCAUUCCCUCACUCUCCAACCCCACCCAAACGCUUUUUCUUCAGAACGACGCGCACACUCAAAACGACACGCUCCACCGUCGAGUCCCCAACCCCUAAACGACGCGGCCGAAAGAAAAAACCCUCACAACCCGAAACACCACCCGCAAACGACACGCGGGAACACCAAAACGCAGAGGCCAAGAAGGAACAACCUUCAGAGGACGACGAGCUGUUCGACUACGACGACGGCAUCGACUUCCCCUACGAGGAUCCGCCGCUGGUGUGCUGCUUCGGUGCGGCGCAGAGGGAGUUCAUCCCUGGGGUGCGGGUGCAGAUGUACCCGAUGCAUCCGGACAAAUACUCGGAAUGGAAGAUGCUGCAGUGGAAGCCACCAGAGUUUGCACGGGCGCCGGGGGGGCCGCCGUCUAACGUGGCGGUGGCGCACGUGCGGCUUGGGGGGCGUGCCGCGUUUUUGGGGAAGGUUGGUAGGGACGAGUUCGGGGAGGAUUUGGUGCUGACAAUGAACAAGGAGAGGGUGCAGACAAGAGGGGUUAAGUUUGAUGAGGGCCGCAGGACAGGGUGCGCAUAUAUGAAGGUGAAGUUUGAGGAGGGGGGGAUGAAGAUGGAGACCGUCAAGGACUCUGCUGAGAACUCACUUCUUGCAUCUGAACUCAACCUUGCAGUUUUGAAAGAGGCUAGGAUUUUCCAUUUCAAUUCAGAAGUUCUAACAUGCCCCACUAUGGAAUCAACACUAUUCAGAGCAAUUAAAUGGACAAGAAAGUUUGGUGGUCUUGUAUUCUUUGAUUUAAAUCUGCCAUUAUCCCUGUGGAGAUCUCGCGAUGAGACUAGAGAAAUAAUAAAAAAAGCAUGGAAUGAAGCAGACAUAAUUGAAGUUUCAAGAAGUGAGCUAGAAUUCCUUCUAGAUGAAGAAUAUUACGAGAGGAAGAGAAAUUACAGGCCACAAUACUUUGCUGAAAGUUAUGAACAAACCAAGAAUUUACAAGAGUAUUACCAUUACACUCCUGAAGAAGUUGCACCUUUGUGGCAUGAUCGACUUAAAUUCCUCUUUGUAACCGAUGGAACCAUUAGAAUUCACUACUAUACCCCUUCUUUUGAUGGAUCUGUGGUUGGAACUGAAGAUGUGCUCAUAACUCCGUUCACAUGUGAUAGAACUGGCUCAGGUGAUGCUAUUGUAGCUGCUAUUUUAAGAAAGCUAACUACUUGCCCACAGAUGUUUGAAAGUCAAGAUGUUUUGGAGAGACAACUACGCUUUGCUGUUGCAGCAGGAAUUAUAGCCCAAUGGACUAUUGGUGCUGUUAGAGGUUUUCCUACCGAAAGUGCUACUCAGAACCUCAAAGAACAAGUUUACGUGCCUUCCAUGUGGUGAUUAAUUAUUUCUGUAACUUCAAUAGAGCUUAGCAGAGUCCUAAGGCAUUAGUUGGUAGUUAUUGUUUGAUUAUUUGGGUUAUGUCCGAAAGUGUUUCAUAUGAAAUGAGAACAGACAAAGUGCUUAGACUACCAAAGUUGUUUGGUCGUUUUCAUUGGCUCCACCACUUUUCAAUCACAGAAGGCAGGGUGUCAAUUGAAAUUUUUGUAGGUAAUAGCUGUAAUGUACACUCUUCUUGUAACACUUUGUAUUCUUCAUGAUCUUCCCUUUCUUCCUUA